CACCACCAAUUUAACCACCCCACCCUCAGCGACCACAUCACCCACCUCACCACCCUCCCCCUACACGCCCGCAUCCAAGCCCUCCACGCCCUCACCCCUCAACUCAUCCCCAGUAUCUCCCCAACCGGCACCCGCCUCAUCACCCACCCCUCCUACACAGGCUACGCGCACCUCGACCCCCUAGGCAAACUCUACCUCGAUUCCGCCACCGCGUGCACGAACGAACACGCCUCUCUUCCUACCCGCCUCCUGCACACCUCCCUCGACCCGAUCUUCGAAUCCAUCUACGAAUCCUGCUACGAGCAACUAGAAUCCGGCCUGAAGGAGGGAACAGUCAUCAUCCCCAAGAAGGAGGACAAUGAAGUUAUCAAGUGUGCCUGUUGCAGGGGGGACCCGCACGCGGUGAUUCUGAUGGGGUUUGCGUCGGAACGGGCCCUGCUUUUCUUUGAGGAGGAGUAUCGCGCGCUCUGG